GACCUCAAAAUCCUCUCUCCCAUGCUUGCGACCCCAACCCCCAACCCGUUGCCGGAGGCGCCCAGUCUCCCCAAACCACCCCCUCCGCCUGACAUAUUAGCAAUUUUUCCGGAGGAAAGACAAGCAGCUCGGUCAGCACCGACUCAUGGCACCGAUGAGGUGCCAUCCAGCCAGCCCCACGGCUCCACAGACCCACCAAAGUCGUUCCGGGACAGUCUUCUCGAUGGCUUGGCAAAUAAAACGCCACCGCUGGUAUCAUAUGAGGAAUUAGUAGAAGCAAACCUUGCUGUGGAUUCUCCUAUGGCUGACGAUGGGGCAGAUCCACCGCAAGUAAAGGUUCCUAGAGUGAAAAUCCCCAAGGCUAUUUGGCAGCGCCUAUGUGUACCAUGGAAGAAUGCAGUUAUUAUAAAGCUUUUGGGGAAAUCAAUCAAUUUUCGCAUUCUACAUGCUAGAUUAUUGAAAGAAUGGAGAACAGAACAAGAAUAUGAGGUCAUCGAUGUUGGUAUGGGAUAUUUCAUUGUACGAUUUGCCACGCCGGAAGACUGCUCCAGAAUCUUAACAGGAGGCCCAUAUAAAUUUUUUGACCACUACUUGGCCAUCCAGCCAUGGGAACCAAGCUUCCAUCCGGCGAGAGAGAAAGCCCCGAAGACUGCAGUUUGGGUUAAGUUGCAUGGCGUGCCAUCAAUGUGUUUUCAUGAAGCCAUUGUCCUGUACCUCGCCAGUAAAUUGGGCAAGCCAAUUAAAGUGGAUAGCAUUACCCUGUUGGGCAUGAGGGAGAAAUUCGCUAGAGUUUGUGUGGAAGUUGACCUUAGUCAGAAGCUACCAUCAACAUUCGACUUGGAUCUGGAGGAGUUACCCCAAACCAUGGUUUUGGUACAGUAUGAAGGCUUACAUAGGAUUUGUUUUCAUUAUGGAGAAUUUGGUCACACAGAAGACUAUUGUCAUUACAAGCAUCCAGGAAAGACAAUCUCCACAGGGAAUCCAAAUGCCCAAGCAAUGAUCGAACUCACCCAAGCUUUAAAGCCGAAUAUGGCUGAGAACAACAUGGAGCCGACAAGGAACAGGAAGCCUGAUCAGCCCACUAAAGUUUCGGCCUCUUUGCAAGCUAUCCUGAGAAUCAUGGUGAAACCAAGGGGAGUGGAGAAUGGUAAUGGGGCAAAAUUCUCACAACAGAAUCGCUUUGCAAUUAUGGAGGAUUUGAUGGAUGAGGAAACCGAUCUCAUAGGAGCAAUUAAAGGGAAGGAGGUGAUAGAGGUGGGAAACUUCGGAAAUUCAAGUGGAGACUCACUUGCAAUGGACAUCACCCAUUCCCCAAUCCUUGAAGCCCAGUUGUCUAGCCCAACCCACCAAGAGGUUAGUAAAUCGACUGCUCUCCCCCCAAUUCCACCGCCAACCCCAAAUAGUUGCUCUGUUAAACCUAAAUCAAAGCCGUCUAAAAAGAAGACCAAGACACUAGGCCCAGUUCCUAAAGAAAGCAAAACUAGUGCUCCAAAGCCUUACGACCCACUGAUAGUAUCUAAGAAGCAAUCUGACUCCUCCCUGGUGCCACCAUCCACCCUACCACCAACAGGAAGUUCUUCUAAUGUUUCCAUCGGACAAGCUACACCUACUACGCCAUCACCGACACAACAAGCUGCCACUACAUUACAGAUGUUGCCUUCAAUCCAAGUUGCCCCAAUGAGUCUCCUUGAGACUCCAUCCACUCCAAACUUGUCCCAAGCAGGGAAGCCAUCCUUAACAUUGAGGCCAGACCAAAAUCUAGUGGCUAAUCAUACAUCACAACUAACUAGACAAGUGCUUCCUAUGGUUGCAACCCAGGACUCAGUUGCCACACCCUUUGCACCAUCUCAAUGAAGAUCGUGACAUGGAAUAGUAGGGGGGGUUUAGCAUGGCCCUUUUCGAAAAGAGUGUCAAGAAUUGAUUAAGAUGAACCAUCAAGACAUUAUCUGCUUCCUUGAAACUAAGACGGACUCAGCCACUAAUGCACUUAAGUUUCUAUAAAGAUUCGGGUUUAAUAAGGAUUAUCAAGUUCC